AUGCCUCUAUCUCUUAUGAAGAAGUUGCUAAUCAAUGAGCUGAGAUCCACGGAUGUAAUAAUCCAAUUGGCAAACAAAACUCAGAAGCAAGCCAAAGGAGUAGUCAAAAAUGUGCUGGUGAAAGUGGAAAACCACUUCCUCCCCACUGACUUUGUUAUUUUGGACAUCGAAGAAAGUCACCAUCAUCCCAUUAUUCUGGGAAGACCAUUUCUAGCCACUGCUAGAGCUCUGAUAGAUGUGGAACAAGGAGAGUUAAUCUUAAGAAUACAUGAUGAACACCUUACCUUCCGUGCUUUCAAAUCUACAUCCGAAUCCGAGCCAGAACCUAAGGAGCCAAAAAAUGAUCACAAUAACAUGUGUAAAAGGGAAAGAAACAGUGAAUCAGUAGCUGAACCACUGAAACAAUCCUUGGUGAACAAGCAAGAACUUCAAAAGAUACAGCAACCAAGAGAAUUCAAGAAAGAGCUGAAGCCACACAAAUCAAGAAGAGCCGCUAACAAGGAUCUCCCUAACACAACAAGAGUCAAUGGAGCACUGAUGGAAGAAUAG